GUUGUCAACAACUUAAACCAUUCAUCAAAAGAAUAAUACAAAACACAAGAAUUUUACUUGUAGUAACUAGGCUAGUAAUUUAAGAACAAAAAUAUAACAUUAAAAAACUUCAGACCAUUCAUAUUUCAGGUUACAUCAUCACCCCAUUUUUCAUAGAAGUAUAACGAUUGAAUUAAGCUACAAUGGGAUUAUCCUUUUCUAAAUUAUUUGCUGGUCUUUUUGGCCGUCAAGAAAUGAGAAUCUUGAUGGUUGGGUUAGAUGCUGCUGGUAAAACUACUAUUUUAUAUAAAUUAAAGUUGGGUGAAAUUGUCACUACAAUUCCAACCAUUGGUUUUAAUGUUGAAACCGUUGAAUAUAAGAAUAUUUCAUUUACAGUCUGGGAUGUUGGUGGACAAGAUAAGAUUAGACCAUUGUGGAGAUACUAUUUCCAAAACACUCAAGGGAUUAUAUUUGUUGUUGAUUCCAAUGAUAGAGAUAGAAUUAGUGAAGCUAGAGAAGAAUUGCAACAAAUGUUAAACGAAGAUGAAUUGAGAGAUGCAUUAUUAUUAGUAUUUGCUAACAAACAAGAUUUACCAAAUGCUAUGAAUGCGGCCGAAAUAACAGAAAAAUUAGGAUUACAUUCCAUCAGACAAAGACCUUGGUAUAUUCAAGCCACAUGUGCCACUACUGGAGAUGGUUUAUACGAAGGUUUGGAAUGGUUGUCGACUAAUUUGAAGAAAUAAGUAACCUGCCUAGGUGUAUAGUUUUAUUUGUGAGUGAUUUGAAAUACAUUAAGAAAAUAGUGUGUAUGAUUUUUUGUGUAUAAACUUUGAUAUCACUAAAAAAGGGAAUAACCUAAUAUGUCGUAAGAGUU